AUGGGUGAAGACAAGAAGGUUCAAGCACGGACUGCUGAAGGAGGGCAGAGCCUGCCUCUAUUUGACGCGGACGAGGCGCUUUGCGGAUGCCUGCGCUCCUGCUUGAGUGGCGAUGCGGUGGCCAACGUCUACCAAUGGAAAGCAGCUGAGCUGGCCAGGCGGCAGCACCGCUUGUCCUCUUCCACAGAUGAGCUGCGCUCGGAGCUCAAGAGCCUGCAGACGCUGAAGCUGAGCCGGGCGGAGGCCGAGGCUUUGGUCGCCGGCGCGCUGGCGGACUGGACACGUGCAGCCCAGGCGGGCGCAGAUGCGGUCCAAGGCGCCGUGAGCCGGGGCAAGACGCUGCGGGAGGAGGCGCCGGCGGCGAGCCGCGCUUUGGGCCGCUUUGGGUUCUGGACAUCGGGCUGCUCGGGCCACUGGCGGCUGAACACCUGGAGCUCGUGUUGGUGA